AUGCCUUCAGUGUCAUCACUAAACCCUUUCGCCAAGCGGGAUUCCCACCCAGCCCAGGCCAUCUGGACAUACAAGAUCUUGACCGUCAUCUCAUGGCUCUUGAGCGCCAUCGUCGGCUACCUAGGACACCUCUUCUCCCACAACGAUAGUUAUGUUCAGGCUGCUGCUGGUGUUGGAAGCCACUUUAUUCUCAACAACCUGUUGAACUUUGCUUUCGUCAUGCUCUUCGUCCGCUCCUAUUUCGUCUGGUCAGAGAUCUUUCUGAUUAUCAAUUUCUUCAACCUCUCCUCGUUAUACUUCCGCCACAACACCCACCCUCGAUUCAUCCAUAUCCCAGCCACAUCUGGACCACUUGCGUGGACAUUUGUUGCUUUGUACUGGAAUGGUGCCAUCGCUGUAGGCGCCAAGAAUCUGCCAGCUCGUAUUGUGGCCAACAUCUUCAUAUGGGGGAUCCUGGUCUAUGGGGGUUUCUUCCUCGUUGCAUACAAGGACUACACUAUGGGCUUCGCUCUCAGUAUUUUGGCUGCAUCCCUCGGGGUUGGACAAUUCCUCACUAAAGCAUUCGCUCUUCAAUGGAUCUUUGCCUUUGUCGUUAUGGCUGUUCUAUUUCUCUCUACUCUCGUCAUUGCCGUUCCAGGGAUUUUCGGCAAAGAAAUCAGCUUCAGGCGUGACACUGAGGGUGCUGUGGUUUCAGCAGACCAGGAGAGAGCCCCGCUUUUGGACGAUGCAUAA